AUGAAAAACGAAUUCUUCGACCUCGGGAACUCGCCCAAUAAGUCUCCCGAUGUCCCUGCUCUCGACGACAGCACCUUUUACGGCCGUGAAAGCGGAAUCAUGUAUAAGACGGACUCCUCGCGGCGGCCGUCGAUUCCGGGCUACUUUAACGCUGGCGGGCUCGGAUCGAGUCCAAAUUCUCCCAUGACGUUCUACAUGCCUCAAAACUCGGUCGCUCAGGCAGUUACGCCGGGCAUGUCGAGCAUGGGGUCGACGCAACCCAUGUCGGGGGCGACGCAGCCUAUGCCGGGGGCGACACAAACCAUGCCUGGGGCGACACAAGCCAUGACGGGGACAACCCAAGCCAUGUCAGGGACGACCCCGGCCAUGUCACACACCACACAAGCCAUGUCAGGGACAACACAACUCAUGUCGCACACGACACAAGCAAUGUCAGGGACCACGCCGGCCAUGUCACACACACAACCACACACACAAACCAUGUCGGGAACCCCCCCUAACAUGGUGUCGUCGUCGACAAACCCACGGUCUCUGGUGACCACAGCGUCUGGAAAAGUGCGUUCUCGGCCCUGUGACGCGUGCCGCAAACGCAAGGCCCGAUGCCAGACGGAGCCCAAUGCCACCCAGUGCAACAAGUGUGCGGCCCGAGGCAUUGCGUGCACCUUUUUGGAGACCGUGCGACCCAAACGACGACGGGUUGACACAGCAAGCCCGGAGACAGGUGGAAACGUUACUUCAGCUCAGGUCCAGAGUGGUUCCGCCCACAAUUCUACCUCCAACAACACCCCCAUUGGAGUUGAGACCGAGAGGAUGAGUCAAUCCCAAUUUCAGUCUCAGGAUGACGUAAUCACUCUCAAGGACACUCUGCCGGUUUCCGACUACUCCAGUUUGCCUGGUAAAUCGCUUCUGAAGAAGACACUGUCUCUGCAGUACCCCAAGUCGUCGUUUUACGUCGGCCAUACUUCUGUCCAUGACGUUCGUUUUUUCGACACCGCCACCCUGGACCAUAUUGGUCAAUGUGUGCUCAACAAAGACACGGCAAUGAGACGGGUGGCUCCCGACGUGUUGUUUACGAUCCGCAACGACUUUGCCGACGAUUUACAUUCGGAAUUCAUUGCCAAUUCCGACCAGGUGGAGCGCAUAGUUGCUCCGCACGGCCUCGCGCUCAUCGAUCUCUACUUCCGUAUCGUUCAUCCGGCAUUUCCGAUUCUGCACAAACGAAUAUUCAUGGAAAAAUACGCGCGGACCCACCGGGAGUUUUCGCCGCCGCUGCUCGCCGCUGUCUACAUUCUGGCGCUUAAAUGGUGGAAUUACGAGCCCCAGUUGGCGUCCCAGCCCAAACCGGACGUUGAGAAGCUACGCCGAAUCGCCCUCAACAGCUUUUCGGACCUCUACGAACAACCAAAGCUAUCGGUGGUGCAGGCAGGCUUACUAAUCCUUCAAUGCAGCAUGGAGCGCGCUCGCAGCUGGAUUCUGAUCAGCCACGUGAUCUCGCUGGCCGAGGAGCUCGGGCUCGGCAUGGAUUGUCAGACGUGGCGUCUUCCGCGGUGGGAGCGCGCUUUACGGCGGCGGUUGGCCUGGGCCGUUUACAUCCAGGACAAGUGGGUUGCUCUGAUUGAGGGGCGACCGAGUCAUAUUGACGAGUCUCGUCAGUGGCUGGUGCGGCGGAUUUCGGCCGACGAUUUCCCCGAUCGGCAGACGGACUCGGACAUGGAGGGAUCGCUGGAGACGGAAAACGGGCGGCUGCUGUUCAUGGAGAUGGUGCGGCUGUCGGAAAUCGUGUCUGAGAUUCUCGACACGUUUUUCACCAUGGUUGCCAAGCGCAAUCUCACCGACACCGCCGCAAUUCUGACCAAGGCCAAGCCAAUCCAGAUCAAGCUGCGCGAUUGGCAUAUUGGGCUUCCAGAGUGUCUGCGGAUGAGUAAUACGAAACCGCGGCGACUCAAUUCCAACGGAUACCUGCAUUUGGCAUAUUUUGCCGCCGAAAUCACUCUCCAUCGACGAAUCAUCCGAUCGCUCAGUGACUCGUUGCCCGACCAGAUCGUCUCGGUAUGUCGACAGGCCGCCAAAGCGCGUCUACUGGCGGCCAUAGAGCUCGUCGACACGCUCAAACACGAACACAUACAGGCGUUCUGGCACUCAUCGGCUGCAACCAACUUUGCGCUCAUCGGCUCGUUCGCGGCGCUGCUCUAUGUCACGUCACGUGACGACGCCGAGCGGGGAUUCUACCGCGAACAGCUGCUCAAUUACCGCUGGAUUCUACGCGUCGGAUGCAAGGGUUUCGACGAGAUGGGUCUGGCGCUGGAUAAGUUGGAAGAGGCCAUUUCGCAGGUGCCCGGUUUGAACGACCCGCCGAAAGAAGACGAGUCGUAUGACGACGAGGAGAGUGAGGAGGAGGGAGGGGGAGAGGAAGAGGGAGAGGAGGAGGGGGAGGGAGAACCGGAUCACGUAACCGCAAAUGGAAACGGUUUGGUUAGUCACGUGCCAGAACGGUCUGGUUCGGACGGGGGUGGAGAGUCUCCAUUUGAUCCGGCGGACAUCGAUUUGGAGAAGCUGGUUUCGGAGAUGAAUCAGUGA